AUGGAUUACCUGAUUGGGAUUGUACUUUUGCUAUGUGGGGUAACAUUGCCAGGGAGAGUGGCCCCCCAGCAGCCGAAGAGGAACGUGCCCAGACUAAAGCUCUCCUACAAGGAAAUGCUGGAUUCCAGCAACCUGGUCACUUUUACUGGGCUGGCUAACAGCUCCAGUUACGAUACUUUCCUAAUGGACGAGGAGAGAGGCCAGCUGCUAGUGGGAGCAGAGGACCAUGUCUUCUCUUUUGACUUAGUCAACAUCAACCGAGACAUCAGACAGAUUGCAUGGGCAGCCACACCCUCCAAACGGGACGAGUGUCAGUGGGCUGGAAAAGACUUUGGGAAAGAGUGCUCGAAUUUUGUGCGUGUGCUGCAGCCCUACAACCACACCCACCUGUAUGUAUGUGGCACUGGGGCUUUCCACCCGAUCUGUGCCUACCUGGAGAUGGGCAAACGUGCUGAGGACAACGUGUUUAGACUUGACACCAACCACUUUGAAAAUGGUCGGGGGAAAAGUCCCUAUGACCCAAAGAUGCUCUCAGCUGCUCUUCUGAUUGAUGGGGAGCUGUACUCAGGAACAUCUGCGGAUUUCAUGGGACGAGACUUCGCCAUUUUCAGAACCCUUGGGCCGCACCACCCAAUCAGAACUGAGCAGCAUGACUCAAGAUGGUUAAACGACCCUAGGUUUGUUGGUAUUCACCUAAUCCCAGAGAGUGAUAACCCAGAGGACGACAAAGUCUUCCUUUUCUUUAGAGAGAACGCAAUGGACGGAGAGCAUACAGGGAAGGCGACCAUCUCUAGAAUAGGACAACUGUGUAAGAAUGAUCUGGGCGGGCACAGGAGUCUGGUGAACAAAUGGACGACCUUUUUGAAAGCCAAGCUCAUCUGCUCUGUGCCAGGCAUCAACGGCAUAGACACUCACUUUGAUGAACUGCAGGACGUGUUUUUGAUGAGUGCCAAGGACCCAAAAAACCCAGUGAUCUAUGGCAUUUUUACCACCUCCAGUAACAUAUUCCGGGGCUCAGCCAUAUGUAUGUACAGCAUGGCAGAUAUCAGGCGGGUGUUUCUUGGGCCCUUUGCCCACAGAGAUGGACCCAACUACCAGUGGGUUCCCUUUCAGGGCAGAGUACCCUACCCCCGACCUGGCACGUGCCCCAGUAAAACCUUUGGUGGUUUCGACUCAACCAAGGACCUUCCAGAUGAUGUGAUAAUGUUCGCCCGCCUGCACCCGGCCAUGUAUAACCCGGUGCAGCCGGUGGGCGGGCGGCCCAUUGUGGUUCGCACUGACGUGGAGUACCAGUUCACCCAGCUGGUGGUGGAUCGGGUGGAGGCAGAGGAUGGACAGUACGAUGUCAUGUUCAUCGGAACAGAUGUAGGCACCGUCUUGAAGGUGGUCACCAUUCCCAGAGAGAGCUGGCAUGAUCUGGAGGAGGUUGUACUGGAGGAAAUGACCGUGUUCAGGGAACCAACUCCAAUAACAGCAAUGGAGCUUUCCACCAAGCAACAACAGUUGUACCUGGGCUCAGCAAUGGGUAUUUCCCAGAUGCCUUUGCACCGCUGUGAGGUGUAUGGGAAGGCGUGUGCAGAAUGCUGUCUGGCCAGGGAUCCGUACUGUGCCUGGGAUGGAACCAAGUGCUCCAGAUACUUCCCCACCGCCAAGAGGAGAACGAGACGGCAAGACAUCCGAAAUGGAGAUCCCCUGUCCCAGUGUUCUGAUCUACAUCACAACGAUGAUCUGGAGGGCCAUGGCAGUGUAGAGGAAAAGAGUGUGUAUGGCGUGGAAAACAGCAGCAUGUUCCUGGAGUGCAGCCCAAAAUCUCAAAGGGCUCUUAUCUACUGGCAGCUACAGAGAUUCAACGAGGAACGCAAACAAGAGAUUAAGGCAGGAGACAGGAUAGGUCGUAUGGAGCAGGGUUUGCUGAUCCGUAGCCUGAAUCAGGCAGACACGGGAAUCUACCACUGCCACGCUGUGGAACACGGUUUCAUCCAGCCCCUCCUGCGUGUCUCCCUGCAGGUCAUCCCCUCACAGACACUGGCUGAACUACUCCUCCACACUGGGGAUGAACGGGAGGGCCCCGUGGGUGCCAGCGGAGGUCCGGCCUCCGGGCACAAGGUCUGGUACCGGGACUUCCUGAGUCUGCUGGACAGCCCAGACCUGAACAGUGUGGAUGAGUUCUGUGAGCGCAUCUGGAGGAGGGAACGGAAGCAACAACGUUCCAGAGGCACAGCCAAGUGGAGACACCUCCAGGAGAACAAGAGAGGCCGAAACCGGCGGACACAUGAGCAGCAGAGACCCCCGCGCAGUGUCUGA